AUGUGGUUUCACGUCAACAUUGGACCUCAUAUGGAAACCUGGAGAGUCUGCUACUUCAUGAACAAGGUGACACCUACAAUUCCACGUGUAGCACAUGCAGAUACACUUUACGUCUACAAUUUGCACGUUUGCAUGGUGCACUACAUUACGUAUGGUUGCGGGAGGAGGAGGACAUGCUGCACUGCUGCGGCAGCAAAAGGUUCGCCAGGGAGAUGGCCUUCGCCUGUCGCUUCGCCGACGUCCACCACGCCCUCCGAGUCGCCCGCGACAUCUGGUUCAACAAGGUCGACGUCGCAGGAUGGCUUGAGGCCGUCUCGGCUCACCUGGCGAUCGGAGCCACCUCUCCGCCUUCUCCCAGUGGAGCAAGGAAGAGCAAUCCGCUGCGAUGGCUACUGCCACCGAUUCCAUCUUGCAGGUAGCAGCCCUCGCACCCGUCCUCCCUCCUGGAUGUUGCCCGUGCCUCUCCAGCCUCUGGCAUGGAGGUUCACCUUUGAGAUGUGGAAGGGAGCUCAGCGUCACCCGUUGUUUACAAACAGAGAAUUCACUGACUGGGUGUUGGUGGAUUCUGAGAAUCUAGAAUCCUCGCUCUUUAAUAUUGUAGAAGCUUCGAGCCUUUCACCAGUGCAAAAAUUGGAUGGUUGUGUAAUGAUACUCUCAGUUGCCAAGGCUAGCGUAAGGUAACAUUCCACCCUAAAGAUUGUCAUACAUAUCACUGUGCAACAGGUCCACAGACCGAGCAAUGUGUUGACUUGGGGAACUAUCCCCACAUUACUGGUGAAAAGCCUGGUUGAUUUCUAUUCUUCAAUUUGAUGUGAGGUGAACGAAUAGACACCCUAAAGAUGUAAUGGUCAAUUGUAAUUGUCACUUACGGUUUAUAACUUGCGUGGUUUACCAAAAUCAAUGGAUGUGAACAUGUUGAUGUCAGUUUGGAGAAAAAAUUAGGACUGUUCUUAAACA